AUGACAUCACUUACUGAUAAAGAAGUUCAACUACAUUUUAAAUCAUAUUACCAUCAAAAUGAAGUUAUGGAUAUUUUCAUGAAAAAUAAAAAAAAACUCCGAGUUUUUUCAUAUGAAAAUCCUACAAGUAAAAGUUCAGGAAGUAGGAAGUAUAUAAUAACAAGUUUAUCAAAAUUUACUAAAUGGUAUCUAAAUACAAAAUCAGAAAUAAGAAAUUUUUAUGAAAUUAUUCCUCUUGAUGCACCAUGCAGAUUAUACUUUGAUUUGGAAUAUUCAAAAGAAAUUAAUCCAGAAGCUGAUUCGAAAGAAUUAUUUAAUAACUUUUGUUUGACUGUAAAAAAUUUUUUAAUGUCAGAAUAUAAUAUAGAAUUAAAUAUUGAUGAGACGUUUUUAAUUCUAGAAUCAUCUACACCAACAAAAUUUUCUAAACAUGUAAUUAUUCAUUUACCAGAACAAAAACUUUUUUCCAGUAAUAUUGAAAUGAAAAAAUUCACUGAUUUUCUUUAUAUUACAAUGUUAGAAAAAAAUAUAUGUUUAGUAUAUAAUGGUAAAACUAAUAAUGUUGGAGAAAAAAUAAAAGUCCCAAUAUUUGAUAAUGCAGUUUAUACAAAAAAUAGAAAUUUCAGACUUUAUCUAAGCUGUAAAUUAGGUAAAAAUACUUAUCUAAAAUUAUCUGAUGAAUGUAAAUUUUAUCAAUAUAAAAAUAUUUUAAAUCCUACUAAUGAACGAAUAUUUUUUGAUUCUCUUUGUGUUCCAAGAUUUUAUUAUAAAUAUAAAACACUUCCUGAAUAUACAUUAAAUGAAGAAAUUAUAAAAGUUAAAAUUCCAAAGGCUAAAUCAAUUGGUAAAGCUUUAUUGUAUAAUAUGUGUAAAAUAAACAAUGAUUAUUGUGAUUAUCUUAAAAGUGGUUAUGGAAGAACAUCGGCAUUUAUUUUGUUGGAAGAAUUUAUCGUUAAUAAAAAUAAAGAGUAUGUCAUUACAGCAGAUAUUAGGGCAUGGGAUAUUAUAAGAAUUAAAAAAACAGGAAAAAUAAGAAUUAUAUAUCAUAUUAAAGAUUGUAGAUAUUGUUUUCAAAUCAAAAGAGAACAUAAAAGCAAUCAUGUUUAUUGGGAAGUGUAUUUUGAUCCAAAUUUGAUAUGCCAUCAAAAAUGCUUUGAUAGAGAGUGCAAUGGAAGAUCUUCUAUUGGAAUCGAAAUUCCUCAUAAUAUUGCUGAAGAGGUUGUUGAUGUUUUAAAAGAAAUGGGAUUGUAUCAAGCUCCUUAUGAUAGUUUCGCCGACUCAUUUUGGAAUAUGGAAAGAGAUAAUAUUUCAUUUCUUAAUUCUGAAGAGAUUGAAAAAGAAAUUAGGGAAGAAUAUAUUGUUAAAGAAUCAAGAAAGAGAAGUAGGCAAGAAGGUGAUUUUUUUACUCCUCCCACAUUUAAGUUUCCAAAAAUACUAGACGAAAAUAAUUAUACUUCAACUGUAUCUGAAAAAAUGGAAGAUUCUGAUUUUGUUGUCAUUGAUGGUAAAGUAGAUAACAAAAAUAAAGACAAUCUCAAAGCCAUAGUUAAUAAUCCAGAACCAACACAUUAUGGAACUCAUCAAUUUUCAGUAAUAAAUCAAGCAAAUUUUAAUGAAAAUUGUGAAAAUCAAUUUCAGCAAGAUAAAAAUAAUCAAAACUCAAAUAUGCCGGUAACAAACAAACAUUUAUCACACAUUUCAUCAUGUUCUACUUCUGAGGAAGAUCCAUUAAAUGACGCCUUUUUCAAUUCAACGCUCUCAUCAACAAACGAUUCAUCAAUUAUAAAUCCAGAUGCCAACUUAUUCACAUUAAUAAAAAAAAAUACUAAAAAUAUUUGCGUAACUGACAAAUCAGGAAAUGAACAAACAAUACUAGAAACUUCUUAUGAUACGGAUAAUUCAUUUAAAUUGUCAUGA